AACAGCAUCAAUCUUCUCUCUCUCUCUCUCUCUCACACACACAACACACACAGUCUAAACCUAAAUAUUUUCUCUUCUCCAACCGCGCCAUGGAAAUCCGAUCUCCAAUUACAGUUCGCGAAAUGGAAGUGUCACAUCAAUUUCUUCAAACCAAACCCCAAUUUCCACCUCCAGAUAUUCGCACAUACGAAGGCCCAAAUUUUCUGAAAUAGUAGGCAGAAAUAAGAUGCUUCAACAGAACUCUUUCUAACAAGCCUUUAAACUCCGCCGCCGACUCGCGGCCGGGCAAAAACCUCCGCCGGGUUUGAAGAAUUUGUUGCUUUUGUGGUUCAAUUAUCUGCUCUGCCUGAUGGUAGGUUCAUUGUCUUGAAGAUGCGUUGACUAACAAGAGCCUCAGCUAUUGGUCAUUUUCUAAUAAUUUCAUCCAUGUGGAUACCCAUCACUCAACCAACUAUAACAAUACGUUGAAAAAAUACAUAUUAUCUUCAUCAAGAUCCAGAUUGCCCUUUUUCUUUUUCUAGCAAAAUGGGUUAGCUCUAGCUCAACCUCAAAAUAAUCUUCAUAUUUCAUACUGCAUAGUAUUUUUUGUCUGAGUUAGAAUUUUGAAGAGAUACAACAAAAAUGGCGGCUUAUGCUGCCAUAGUGUGUCUUGUGCAAACCUUGAACCCUGAUCAAUUUCCUAUCGAUCUUCGAAACCCGGAAAUCGAAUCCCUUUACCAAAAGCUCCUUAUUUUACAAUCCACCCUCGAGAAAAUCACCCCGAUUACGAAAAACAUCAGACAGCAAGUAAAUGUAUUGGAUGGCAACAUCAGAGAUGCUGUUUAUAAAGCACAGGACGAAAUCGAGUCCUUCAUCAUCAAACGCACCCUCUCGUCGGAGAGUUUCUUGCAGGAAAUAAUAGCAGUGAUCGAUCCCCUGGCAGCAGAGGCGAAGAAGAUCGCGAGUUCGAUCAAGAAAGAGAUGGCGUCUUCUCCCGCCGUAGUUUCUCUUGCAAAGAUGUUGCACCGCGACAAUUUCCCUCUCGAUCAUCUAAAGUCCUACGUGGAACCUCUGUACGAAAGGCUCUGUUCUUUGCAAACUUGCCUUGAGAAAUUCUGCGAAGCGCCAGCAAGUCUCAUCCCUGUUGCAGUACAUGCUUUGGAUUUCCAAAUCAGAGAGGCAGCCACUAAAGCCCGUAACACCAUUAAAUCUUUCGUCGAUUCAUCCGAGUCGGAAACCGAGAGCUCCACGUCAGCUUUCCUGCAGAUUUUGGAGGAAAUAAAUGCAGACAUUGAUCCACUGGCAGAAGAAGCAGAAAAAUUCGCCGGUUCCAUCAAGGAAGGCCCACAAGCACAAGAUUUGCCGCCCGAGUAUGCGGAGACUAUUAAAAAAGAUGCUCGUACAAAGAAAAAAAGGAUCGUGGGACAGGAGGAAGACUUUAAGAGUCUCAAGAAGGAGAUAGAGAAACUCGAUGGCCAACGCGAAGUACUCCCGAUCAUUGGGUUGCCCGGCAGUGGCAAAACGACUCUCGCCAGAAGUCUUUACGAAGAUUCCAGCAUAACCGAUGAAUUCGAAAUUCAUGGUUGGGUUACAGUGACUCAAGAAUAUCAGGUUGGAGAGAUCUUCGCCAAGCUCUUCCAUUCCCUGGAGACGAAGGACCAAAAGGCAGGCGAAAAAGACUUCCAAGGGAGGAACGACAAGUUACAGGAUGCCGUUUAUCAGAGUCUACUCAAGAAAAAGUAUCUCAUAGUGGUGGACGAUAUGUGGGAUGAAGGUGUUUGGGAUAGAGUGAAAAAAUCAUUCCCUGAUGAUAAGAACGGAAGUCGGAUUGUUCUCACCACUAGAUCUAAAACGAUUGCUGAGUAUGCCAAAUCUUCCGAUUUCCUUCAUCAGAUGAAGCCUCUGAGCGAAGAACAUAGUUGGGAGUUGCUGGGCCUAACAGUUUUCGGGGAGGAGCCGUGCCCCACUCACUUGAAGGAUCUUGGAUGGGCAAUAUCCAAGAAUUGUAGGGGUCUUCCCCUCUCCCUCACCGUGAUUGGUGGCCUACUCUCGCAGGAAAACAAGACGGAAGAAUAUUGGAAGAGCAUUGAAGCAGACACGAACGAUGCUGCCGCCAAAGGUGACGAGUCGUACUUGGAGAUUUUGUAUUUGAGUUAUAACCACUUGCCUGGCAGAUUGAAAGGAUGCUUCCUUUACAUGGGGGCUUUCCCCGAAGAUAGUGAGAUUCCUAUCACAAAACUCAUCCAGCUAUGGGUCGCCGAAGGUUUUCUCAAGCCACCACCACCAUUGCUGCGGAGCGUGGAACAGUUGGCGGACUAUUAUUUGGAAGAACUUAUUGACCGAAAUCUCCUCCAUAUUCGCAAGUAUACCUCAAACAACCAAACUAAAGCUUGUGGCAUGCACGAUAGUUUGAGGGAUCUGUCCGUGAAAGAGUGUGGCAAGGAGUUGUUCUUUCAUUCGAGAAGGAGGUACGUUCAAGAACCUCAAGAAGAUACCAACAUUCAAAGGCGUGUGUCUGUUCACAGAAAUAUCCUCAUGUGCAUGGAAGAAGUUCACAAUUCCGUUAAAGAGAUUACGUCCGCGCGUACCCUUCUUUACGCCGGGGCCCACCAUCACCAUCCGAUACCGUAUUGUUUGACUUUCGAUCUCCUCAGGGUGUUGGAUGCUUUCACAGUCUAUUUCAUCGAGUUCCCGAAUGAGAUACUUAAACUUAUUCACUUGAGGUUUCUUUCGUUCACCUAUAAUGGGAAGCUUCCUUCAGCAUUAUCCAAUCUCGAUAAGCUUCAAGUGUUGAUGGUUCGCCGACACCCCAAAAUCAUAUUCUUGGGCACGUCGAUUCUGCCCGACGAAAUCUGGGGCCUGAAGCAUUUAAGGCAUCUCCUUUUUACCGAGAGCGAUUUGCCGAAAAUUCCUGCUGUGAGGAACACUCUUCUCUUUGCAAACCUUCAAACCCUCACGAACGUAAGUGCUGCUUCUUGCACCCAAGAGGUUCUUCAAAACAUGCCCAACUUGACAAAGCUGGCUAUGUGGACCGAAGAACCGGCGACCAUAGGCUUAUAUCUCAACGAGGUCGAAAAGCUCGAGUCUUUCAAAUUCACCGUCCUAAAUCCCAUACCUAAGAAAAAGGUCGACUUUCAGCCUAGACUUUAUUUCCCAAGAACACUGAGGAAGUUGAGGUUGAGUGGCUGUUCGCUUCCUUGGGAAGAUAUGUCGAUUAUCGCAAAAUUGCCGUUGCUUGAAGUUCUGAAGCUGCGAGAGAUUGCCUUCGAAGGUGACGAGUGGAUCCCGGAAAAGAAGGAAUUUCGCGAACUGAAAUUCUUACUGCUCGAGUACCUGGAUUUGAAGGGGUGGGAUGCUGACCAUACCCACUACCCGAAACUGCAACGCCUUAUUCUGAGGCACUGCUAUGAAUUGGUGGACAUCCCUGAGAAGUUCGAUUUACUCGGAUGCCUUGAGCUGAUCGAAUUGGUUGACUGCAGCCCUGACGCUGUGGAAGCGGCAGAAGAAAUGAAGAAGAAACUGAAGAAAUCUGGCAACACUCUCCUCAAAAUUCAGACAUAUUCUUCGUGGAAAUAAGAGUUCUUUGUUUUUUCCUCAAUGCUGAAAAGGGGAGCUGCUGUCUUGAUUAUCGUCUGCUGUUGUUGGAUUUGGUUUGUGUCUUUUCUUUCGUUUUUGCACUUUUGAUUCCGUUGCGUCUUUGCGUUUGCUUUUGGUUGUUCGAAACUUUGGAAUUUGAUUUUUACGGUGAUGUAAUUUCCUCUUUGUGUGAACAUUUCCCUUUGAAUAAACGUGUUGUUGUUCGUGUUAU